AUGCUCAUCUCCGCGCUCUGUAGUCUGCUCGCGUCGCUCAGCCCUCCCACCGCCGCUUUCGGCGCAAGCACGCCGCGAGGGCUCCGAAAGAUCGCGCUGCACCAAGCCGCCCGAGCCGCAGAGACGAUCGUUUCGACGAAUCAGGUGCUGGCGAAGGUGUACGCAGGGACGACCGCUCCAAAAGACUGCACCGAAUGUGCCGCCGCCAACUUGGCCGAUUCACGCUUCUGUCCGACGCUAGUGCGCGCCGUGACGGCACGGUGCGUGCUGUACGCCGCAAGAAGCUACAUCGAUUUGACGGGGACGCGGAGGCGCGGAGCAUGGCGCUUGCUUGCAGUCAUGGUGGCCGUUGCGUGCGUCGUCCCUACCAUGCUUCUGGCGCCGCUGCCCCGUUCUCUCGCUGGGCUCCAGGCGUGGGAGGCGGCCGCGUGGCAGCUAGUGCGGCAAAGGGUGAACUCGUUCCGUGCAUGA